UAUCUUCUCUUUUUCUCAGCCUUUCCUCAGUUUCUCCAUAGAAGUUCUUAAUCUCCUUCAAAGCUGGUUAAGAACUCAAGAAAAUGGCUGAACAGCAACUAGUAGUGCUCAAGGCACUCGAUGUUGCGAAGACGCAACUUUACCAUUUCACGGCGAUUGUGAUCGCCGGUAUGGGUUUCUUUACUGAUGCCUACGAUCUCUUUUGUGUGUCCUUGGUGACAAAGCUCCUUGGCCGUCUUUACUACUUCAAUCCGGCAUCAGAGAAACCUGGCUCACUACCACCUCAUGUUGCGGCCGCGGUCAACGGUGUGGCCCUCUGUGGAACCCUUGCUGGCCAGCUCUUCUUCGGAUGGCUCGGUGACAAACUUGGACGAAAGAAAGUGUAUGGACUCACUUUAAUCAUGAUGAUCUUGUGUUCUCUCGCUUCUGGUCUCUCCUUCGGAAACCAAGCCAAGGGUGUCAUGACCACACUUUGCUUCUUUAGGUUUUGGCUUGGAUUCGGUAUCGGAGGUGAUUAUCCUCUUUCAGCCACAAUUAUGUCUGAAUAUGCUAACAAGAAGACUCGUGGAGCUUUCAUCGCAGCCGUGUUUGCCAUGCAAGGUAUCGGUAUCUUGGCCGGAGGUUUUGUGGCUCUCGCAGUAUCUUCCAUUUUCGACAAGCAGUUCCCAUCACCGACCUAUAAGCAAGACAGGUUUCUCUCAACGCCUCCUCAGGCUGAUUACAUAUGGAGGAUCAUUGUCAUGUUUGGUGCUAUACCCGCAGCCUUGACUUUUUACUGGCGGAUGAAGAUGCCUGAAACCGCUCGUUACACCGCCUUGGUGGCCAAGAACAUCAAACAGGCCACACAAGACAUGUCCAAGGUUUUACAAGUGGAGCUUGAGAUGGAAGAGAGGGCAGAGGAUGUUGUUAAGGACCCAAGGCUUAACUAUGGCUUGUUCUCCAAGGAAUUCCUUAGACGCCAUGGUCUUCCCCUACUCGGAUGUACUUCUACUUGGUUCUUGCUUGACAUUGCCUUCUACAGCCAAAAUUUGUUCCAGAAGGAUAUCUUUUCGGCUAUCGGAUGGAUCCCAAAGGCAGAUACAAUGAACGCCAUCCACGAGGUUUUCAAGAUUGGUAGGGCUCAGACUCUCAUCGCGCUUUGCAGUACUGUUCCAGGUUACUGGUUCACAGUCGCGUUCAUUGAUAUCAUGGGAAGGUUUGCUAUCCAGCUAAUGGGAUUCUUCAUGAUGACUGUUUUCAUGUUUGCCAUUGCCUUCCCUUACGACCACUGGAUCAAACCCGACAACCGUAUCGGUUUCGUGAUUAUGUACUCCCUAACCUUUUUCUUCGCAAACUUUGGACCAAACGCAACCACUUUCAUUGUCCCUGCUGAGAUCUUCCCGGCCAGGCUAAGGUCCACAUGCCACGGGAUAUCAGCCGCGACAGGUAAGGCUGGAGCCAUUGUUGGAGCUUUCGGGUUCUUGUAUGCUGCUCAAUCACAGGAUCCAAAGAAGACCGACGCAGGAUACCCACCGGGUAUUGGAGUCAAGAACUCAUUGAUCAUGCUUGGUGUUAUUAACUUUGUUGGUAUGCUUUUCACAUUCCUUGUCCCAGAGCCAAAGGGUAAGUCACUUGAAGAACUCUCUGGUGAGACUGAGGCUAGCCCGGACGAGAAGUAGUCACUUAAUCUGUGACAAUGAAACUAUUGAAUUGUUCUAUUUUUGAUUUUAUUAUUUGGAGUGCAAUGGUGUUUGGUUUUGUUUUCAUUUUUAUUUGUUUGGUGACCUUUCAAGUUAUGAUGUCUACAAGAAAUAUUGUAUCAUGCAUGCAUAUCUAUGGUUUAAUUAAUUGAAAUCUUUUUAACAA